AUGUCGCAGCACAACGAGGAACCCAACAAUGGCAGGGACGGCCGGCUUGCAGACGAUUAUCCCCCAUCGGCCGAAGGCGCGCCCCUCGGGCCCGACCCCGUGGUCGCCGGCGCUGCAGGUGCUGGCGGCGCCGCUCAUGGCUUGGCAGCGACGCCCACCGCCCCCGCGCCGCGCGGAGUUGCAGCGGGGCAUGAUCGGGCUUCCCAGGGAGCCCGCGUCACGGUAACUGCAGAGGUCCGUGAGCAGCAGCGAGAGCGCGUUGGGGAAGGCAGCGAGGCGUGCGGACCCGACGGGCUCUUGCUCGGCGAGGGGGUCGGCACCGCGCAACACCCCUCUGGCCGCGGCUCUGGUGCUGCAGGCACAGGCGGAUUCUACAGCCUGCCCUGCAGUUCCCAUGUCCUCGCCGCCACGCCCGCCUCGGGCGCCGCGACGCCGGCCGCUGCGCGUGCCGAGGGCGCGCCCGCCGGGGGCGCCGCUCCGCCACUCGCUGCGAGGGCGCGCCGCGCGGCUGCCGGCGUGCGGGAGGGCUUGGCGCACCAGCUCACCGCGCUCAUGCGCGCACGUGCAGGCGCCGGCGCCGACGCGGCCGCCGGCGCCGGCGUGUCCGAGGUUGCAGCACUGCCGGAGUCCGAGGUCAAGACCAUCGCGGACGCCAUGCCGCCGGAGAGCCCCAGAGGCGCGGCGCCUCCACGGCGCUGCGGGGGGCGUGGAGUGGCUGUGGAGGAAGGUGCAGCAAUGUCAGCGUCAGUGCCGGCAGCAAGCGAUCCUGUGUCGAUGGCGGAAAUGGAGGACACGCGUGGCCUGGGGGAUGCCGUGGCCAAGAGGUUUGGGGUGAUGGCAGGCCACCCUCACAGCCGGCUGUAG